GUGGAACUAUUGCUUCUGGAGUGCUAGUUCCUAACUUUUUUGCCUUUCGGCAGUCAAAGCGUCUAAACGAGUUACGUGUGACAUGAAAGCAUUUGUUCCAAACACACUCGGCUGGACAUCUGAUCUUGAACAAUAGCUGCGCGACAACAGCUCUGGACACACUCACCCUCGUGCGGCUCCUCGAAGGACUGAGUGAAACGCUGAGGUGCGCGUCUCGUGAAGGCCACUGUUGCUUGUCCUCACGGUGAAGGUCGGCCAGCCAGCUUUUGACGGUACGGAGAUUCUUCUGUUUUUGACCCCGAAGGGAAACGUGCACGCCGUCAGCGAAAAUGACUCAGGUUCCGCCCGUAACAUUCCAGCAGUAUGGACCGGUUAUCACGACCUCUGCUGGGAACCCAGUCGAUGACAACCAAAACUCGGUAACUGCUGGACCCUACGGCCCCGCGAUCCUGAGUAACUUCCAUCUCAUCGACAAGCUGGCCCACUUCGAUCGAGAACGCAUUCCCGAGCGCGUUGUGCAUGCCAAGGGCGGUGGCGCCUUUGGCUAUUUCGAGGUCACUCAUGACAUCACCAGAUUCUGCAAAGCGAAGCUGUUCGAGAAAAUCGGAAAGCGGACGCCUGUGUUUGCACGUUUUUCGACGGUGGCUGGCGAGUCGGGGAGUGCGGACACCAGGCGCGACCCGCGCGGCUUCGCACUCAAGUUCUACACGGAGGAGGGGAACUGGGACAUGGUUGGAAACAACACUCCUAUCUUUUUCGUUCGAGACGCCAUAAAGUUCCCCGACUUCAUUCAUACGCAGAAGCGGCAUCCGCAAACGCACCUCCACGACCCGAACAUGGUGUGGGAUUUCUUCUCGCUCGUUCCGGAAAGUGUGCAUCAAGUGACCUUCCUGUACACGGACCGUGGCACACCGGACGGCUUCCGCCAUAUGAAUGGCUACGGGAGUCACACCUUCAAAUUCAUCAACAAAGACAACGAAGCCUUUUAUGUCAAGUGGCACUUCAAGACAAACCAAGGAAUCAAGAACCUGAACAGACAGCGCGCAAAAGAACUCGAGAGCGAAGAUCCUGACUACGCGGUUCGCGACCUGUUCAACGCCAUUGCCAAGCGAGAGUUUCCCUCUUGGACCUUCUGUAUUCAGGUAAUGCCCUUGAAAGAUGCAGAGACGUACAAAUGGAAUGUCUUUGACGUGACCAAAGUGUGGCCGCACGGAGACUACCCACUCAUCCCGGUCGGAAGACUCGUGCUGGAUCGCAACCCAGAAAACUAUUUCCAAGACGUGGAACAAGCAGCUUUUGCGCCAGCUCAUAUGGUGCCAGGGAUUGAACCGAGCGAAGAUCGCAUGCUGCAGGGACGCAUGUUCUCCUACAUCGACACUCAUCGGCACAGACUUGGCGCCAAUUACCAUCAGAUUCCUGUGAACCGCCCGUGGAACGCCCGUGGGGGCGACUACUCCGUCCGCGAUGGUCCAAUGUGCGUCGACGGGAACAAAGGGUCUCAGCUGAAUUACGAACCGAACAGUGUGGACGGCUUUCCAAAGGAAGACAGAAAUGCUGCUGUGUCGGGAACGACCACAGUGAGUGGCACGGUCGCGUGCCAUCCUCAAGAGCACCCCAACAGUGACUUUGAGCAGCCAGGGAACUUUUAUAGGACGGUCUUGAGUGAGCCGGAGAGGGAAGCGCUCAUUGGCAACAUCGCCGAGCAUCUCAGGCAGGCGAGACGAGAUAUUCAAGAGCGACAGGUGAAGAUUUUUUACAAGUGCGAUCCAGAGUAUGGCGAGCGCGUCGCUCGAGCCAUCGGUUUGCCGACUGCGGCGUGCUACCCAGCCAAGAUGUAGGCGUGCGUUGUCCCGCUUGAGCGAGAAGACCAACAAUAGAGGGACUAAAUAUGCGCAAGGAAGGAAGACAGGACCCUUUCGAAGACGGAAAACACGCAGUCUGAAUUCUUGGCGCUGAGGGGACCAACGGGUUCGUCGCCUUGUGUGACAACGACGAGUAAAAAGACAAAGCGAACAGCGAUGACCGUAGCGUUCGUCCACCUGCGUAAAUGUGGCUUAUCUCUGUCACGAUGCGCACAAGCGUUUGGUCAUCGCGUAAUUACAGAUAGUUGUGUAGUGACUUGCUGCUGUUGCGUCUUCCAACACUUGUAGUUAGAGAAAUGCAUGUGUAUGGGUAAGCUUGCAUGAACUGCUACAUAUCCAUGGUAAACCAAUUUGACUGCAGGUGUCGGCGUUUACGACGUCAGUUUCACAUUCUUGUUCUUGAUUUCCUUCUUGCAAUCACUUGCACUCUGGCAAUUUUUGGAAGGGAAAGGAAAUGUGAGGGUGGGAGGGCUCAGCAUCCUCUUCCAGUGGUCCUGCCGUGUCCAGUUUGCGCCUAAAGGUAGAGAUCGCGGGGGGGGUCUCAGGAAUCUAUCCGCGUUUUUUCUCAAAGGAUUUGCAUUUACUGUUUCUGAAAGGUGAAAGACCGGGUGUAUGUGCACCCACCUGAGCCAACCCAGCAUUUCGUAAUUCCAUCUGCAGCGUGUUUCCCCCUUUUCAAAGCGGACCUUUUGUGAGAAAACGUUCCCGCGGGAACAGCACUUUCUGAACGAGAGGAUCGUGCCAAAAGUAUCACCUCUGUCGGUAACAAAAAACUGCGGAUGGAAUGAAGGCACUGAAGAUUGCGCUAGGUUCUGCCGUUACAUCGACAGAAACGCCUGAAGAGGUGACGUCGGAAGCAAGAUGACAAAAGUGACUGUUUUGUGAGGAUUUCCCCAUCCUUUUUGAAGACGCUAGUUACUUACCUGACAAGCCUCUCUAAACCUAAGGGUGGAAGCCCGUUUUCCGCCGCGGAUCGCGAAGGUAGAGGAGACGAGGAUUUCUCUCUACUACCAAACACUUCCCUUCUGUGCACGUAAAAGAACUUUCUUUCCUCGUACUCUUGCCAGCAGUUUUCCCGCCGUGGACCCUGGAAGCCGUGAAAGCGCACUCGGGUCUAACAUCAGAGGAAGACGGCAUUGACUUAUUCCGGAUCAAGAAACAAUAUCCAAAGCUUGGAAUAAAUUCGUUCCUCGC